AUGAGCGCACAGACAAAGGCCAAGCCAGUCGACCUCGCUUCUCAUUUCGUGGUGACCCUCAUGUGCAAAGAAUGCCGCGAGGAUCCACCAAACCUCAUCGAGGAGUUCAGCUCGGGCGAUACUGUUUGUGGUACUUGUGGGCUUGUACUAGGUGAUCGUAUCGUUGAUACGCGAUCAGAGUGGCGAACCUUUUCCAACGACGAAGCAGGCGAUGACCCGUCUCGUAUUGGUGCCGUACGCAAUGACUUGUUGAAUGGCUCACAGCUCGAUACAAUCAUUGCGGCCAAUAGUGCAUCGAGUGCAGCACUUGCGCGUGUACAAGGAAAGAGUUCUCAGGCAAAAGGUGAGCAGACACUGGUUAAUGCUUACAAGGACAUUUCUGCCAUGUGUGAAGCUAUUUCCCUACCAAGAAGUAUACAGGAUAUCGCAAAGCAUCUGUACAAACGUGUGGAUGACAACAAGGCACUUAAGGGACGCUCCAAUGAGAGCAUCAUUGCCGCCUGCAUCUUCAUUGCAUGCAGACAAGGCAAUGUCCCGCGUACCAUCAAGGAGAUUUGUACAUUGACGACGGUCGGCAAGAAGGAUCUGGGUAAAGCGUUUAAAGCGCUUGAAAAGAUUCUGCAGACUGAAGGUGCUUCUGCCUCUGCAACAGGACCAGACGGCUACCGCCCAACAAUGGCAACAAGUGCUGCUGAACUCAUGAUUCGAUUCUGCAACAGACUUGGCUUACCCCAAAAUGUCGUUUCUGCCUGUCAAGAUUUAGCGGAACGUGCACAAAAAGCCGGUACACUGGAUGGACGCUCGCCCAUCUCUAUUGCCGCUGCAGGGAUUUACAUGAUUUCGCACGUCUAUGGGAUUCAAAAGACGCCAAAGCAGAUUGCAGAGAUUGCUGGUGUUAGUGACUCCACCAUUCGCACGAGCUAUCGUUAUUUGUACAAUGCGCGUGAGCAGCUAGUGGAUCCGUCCUGGCAUGUGGGCAAGUCGUUGGAUCUGCUCCUGCCUUCUGCAAGAUAG